UACAACGUGUGCGCACAGGUAACAUCACAUGUAUCAGACAGUAGCAGUCGAGACUUAUCUUCAUUAGAUUAGAGGCAAUGAUGUUCUGGCUGUUUGCUUUAAUCCUUGCAAUCAACAGUUCAGUUGAUGCAAAAGGUUUGCCGUCAGUAGAGAAGCGGGGCCACAACACUGAUCCUGAAAGGUCCGCAAAUUGCUGGGACCACUCCCCAGAUCACAUCACGGAUCCAUUAUGUGCUUUUCUCAAUAACAAUUGCUCCACAGCACCAGCGGUAGAACAUGCUAACCAUAGCAAGAAUUAUACAACGAGUGUUGGUUCUACAGUGUCUUACGUUUGUCUUGACGGUUACUACCUUACUGGACCGAAAGUGGUUACAUGUGAAAAGACAGAUGCAGGUCCAAAAUGGUCGCAGACCCCUGUCUGCAUAAAAGAGAUGUCACAGUGUGAUGAUAUCGCAAUAAUUGGAGCGGGGGUUACAGGAAGUUAUGCUGCAUGGCGACUACGUAAAAGAGGUCUUAAAAUAUCAAUGUACGAGUACUCGAAUCGCAUCGGCGGACGCUGUUUCACAGUACAUCUUCCGGGCAUACCGGAUGUGAAUGUUGAAAUGGGAGCAAUGAGGUUUAUACCAGACGAUCACUCUUUAGUGAACAAGACCGUGAGCGACUUAGGAUUAAACAUUGUAGACUUUGAACUAGGGUUCGGACCGAGUGGAGAUUCGUUGUACUAUCUUAGAGGAAGGCACAUGACAUACAACGAGCUCCCGACACAUGCACCUUACAAUCUUCCCCCAGAAAACCGCGUAGAUCUAAAAACACUUAACUGGAACGUGUUUAAGAAUUUUACAGUUUCAUCUCAAAAUGGAGACGUCCUUCAAUCGCUGGAUGGCGUGGACUUGUAUAACCAAAGCCGUGAUAUGUAUAUGGCAAAAUAUCUGGACGCAGAAACUGCACAUUAUAUCCGGGACAGUGAUAGCUUCAUUCAAGGACAUGGUCCAGAUGUUGCUGCGGCCGAUAGUCUUCCAACUAGUGAUCCAAGCUUGCCUUCCCCAAGCCCAAGAGUUGUGAAAACAGUCCAAGAAGGGUUUCAGGCUAUUCCAAUAGGACUAGUCGGACAAUUUCUCCAAGCUAGUGAUAAGCACAGUUUGUACUACAAUCGCCAUCUUAAAGGCUUAAAGAGGCAUGCUAACGGGAAUUAUUUACUGACGUUCCAGCCGACGACGACAGUAGCCGGUAUAACUACUGACAUAAAGGGAAGAACGAACGUUACAGCUUGCGCUAAGAAGGUGAUACUUGCAAUUCCUAGACUGGCCUUAGAACAUCUGGACUGGGAGGGACUUCGACAAGAGACUGUUCAAGAUUACUUGAAACAUUCACUGAAGGAGAUAAAUGCCGGCAAAAUCUUUUUUGGUUACGACCAACCUUGGUGGCGACAACUUUCCAAGGCCACUAAAUACGCUGUAUCGAUGACCCCAUUAAGCCAAACAUACGACUUUGGUGUGUCGAAAACAACUUCCAGGGGAGUUUUGAAUACUGCGUAUACUGACGGAGAUAACAGAAUAUGGCGGGAAGCACUAAGAUUUGGUGAUCUUGUACCAGGAGUUGGAGACAACUCUAUUGCUAUGACCAAUCUAAGCGUGUAUCUGGCACGGAAGUUUUAUGCGGAAGUUUUCAAUAUUCAACUAGCCGAUGUACCAGAGCCAAAAUCUGCUGUAAUGAUCGUCUGGGAUCAGUAUCCAAUCGGUGCUUCGUGGUACGCAUGGGCACCAGGGUACAAGUGGGAUGAAGUGGAGUCACGCAUGAUCAAGCCGUCCGCGAGCGAUGACGUAUAUAUUACGUCAAAUGUUUUCUCAGGUAGUGGGCGUUCUGGAUGGAUACAGGGAGGAAUGGAAAUUGUUGAGAAAGUUCUAAACUAUUUUUGAUAAACGCUUCCAAUAUUCAAUUGUCACUUAAAAUAUACGUUAUUGUUCUGAUUUAAAAAAUAAAUGUUUCAUAUAACUUUUUAAGUAUCCACUUACGUCUCAUUGAUACUGUCCUUUUUGAUAUUGUUUUGAUUCAAAAGUAUAUUUAGAAGAACAAAUAAAUCUACUUUAUUAAUUGUCAAAAAAUUGUAUGCUUUACAUGAAUGUUCCGAAACCUUUUUUGGUCUUAAAACUAGACAAAUAUUCUGUAGAUAUGCGACUGUAAUAGAGUAUGAUAAAAUGUUACAUAUAAAUGUAAAGUUUCGCGAAAAAGGCAUGAAAUCAUGUGUGAAACAUGACUAUGUCAUCGGUUUCACUUAUUUGACAUACGUGAACUUACUGCAGAAGAGCUUACCUUUCGUUUGAAUAAAGUGUUUUAUUAUGUAUUACUAACAUCUCCUAAGGUUAAUACAAACAAAACAUAUGUUCAAUCCUCAAUGUAAAAAUGCGAAUCCGUUGUGUAUCAUGUAACCAAAGCAGUAUAGUGCAGUCAUAUGACGAAUAAAAUCGUUCUAUUUGCAUCAGUCUUGGCAAAAAAUGAAGAUACAUGUAUGAUGUAUUCAAAAACGAAAGAAAGAAAAAAAUCAAAUUGACCGACAUUAUUGGAAAUGGCCGUCAUUCAUAAAUUGAGGAUUAAAUACGACGUUAAACUUUUAUUCUAGUAUUUCCGUGUUUUGUUCAUCGUUUUUAAUCAAACAGUGAUUAAACAUAUUUAUGUGAA